GCGGGGUGAGGGGAGGGGUCGCGGGGCGCCAUGGCGCAGCAGCGGGUGCUGCCGCAGAGCAAAGAGACCCUGUUGCAGUCCUACAACAAGCGCCUCAAAGAUGACGUCAAGUCCAUCAUGGACAACUUCACCGAAAUCAUCAAGACGGCCAAGAUUGAGGAUGAAACUCAAGUCUCUCGAGCAACCCAGGGUGAACAAGAUAACUAUGAGAUGCAUGUCAGAGCUGCAAACAUUGUCCGAGCUGGUGAGUCCCUGAUGAAACUUGUGUCUGACCUGAAGCAGUUCUUGAUCCUCAAUGAUUUCCCCUCUGUGAAUGAAGCUAUCAACCAGCGCAACCAGCAGCUGAGAAGCUUGCAGGAAGAAUGUGACAAGAAGCUGAUUGCACUACGGGAUGAGAUCUCCAUUGACCUGUACGAGCUAGAAGAAGAAUAUUACUCUUCCAGCUACAGUCUGUGUGACAGCAAUGAUCUUCCGCUGUGCGAAGCCUACUGGAGACAAGACUUGGCCACGCUGUCCCCCGAAAGCCUCUCCAUGCCUCUGGCAGCUGCCGCAGCAGAGCAGAGCGUUGCCACCUCCCAGAGCUCGACCCCAUCGCACCCUCACGUGAACGGGCACGGGGCUGGCCCCACGGAGCACUCCUGAAGAGGAUCCCAACCUCUUCCUCCCGGCGGCACCGCGCUGCUGGAAGUCUUCCACCUGCUGUACUGAGCAAGCAUCUCCCACCCGUCAGGAGAAGGCACUGGAGCUGUAUUUGCAGGUUUCUGCUCACUGGAUGGCCACAGUGCUUUCUCCACCCCUGGACAUUGCCACGAGUGUUCCUCUCUCUUAAGAGAACGCUAUAAGUAAAUAUGAAGUUGAUUGUUCUAA